CGCGCCCAUCACAACGCGUGCCUCCAGCGAAUUUGCAAAGGGAAUUGAAACUCGUCUAAUAAAUCUUCAUAACAAUCAAAGGUUUCAUGGAAGUCUACGUUGCCAAAGUGCUAGUCAUUGUGACAUCUGUAUUUGUUGGUUUAAUGCUGCUCGUGUCUUACGCACUUUAUCGGAAGAGAAAGUGCCUUGAAAAACGUUCAACGCCAGCAGCCAGUGACCGGAAGUACAUACCACCUUACGGUGAACUACGCAAACGUGAUAUCCCAGUAAUCGACAGCGUACCAUUUUGGGUCCCAGGCCGUCGUGGCAAGAUUGUUAACGUCGAGGUUCAGCCCCGAGUCAAACGCCUCGGUCCAAGGUCAUCAACUCCUAAGCCGAGGAAAACAACGACUAGAAAAGAAAAAGAGACAAAUCCUCAACUUAUGUUUUCAGUCAAAUAUAACACUAAAAGAUCCACGCUGUUGGUGGACCUCCUUGACUCGAAACACCUCGACAAGGCGAACUUGGUCAUGAGUCCGCCUACCUCUACCUUCACGGGCACGCAUUGGGACGCUACACCCCAGUCCCACUCGUCCGUGUUUUCCCCAGUGUCUCUCUCCCCACGCAGCACACAGGACACCCGGACUCAGACUCCUCCACAGGCGUCAGGACGAAGGAGGCCAUCAUCAUUUGAAAUAGAAAUGACAUACGAUGAGCUUCAACUCAGCUCUUUGCAAUUCAGUGUGAUGGGCUAUGACGAGUAUUCGAGGCAGAAAGUGUUGGGUGACGUCGUUCUACCGAUGGCUGAGCUCAGCAUGCAGGGUCUGGACGUGACACGUGAACUGAUCAUGUGGCGAGAUGUGCAGACACGAGAGAUGCAGCGCUCCAAAGAGAAAAAGUCGUCUAAAGAAAUUGGCGAAUCCUCUGCUGAGCCCACGGCAAGCGAGUCCCAGUGCAGUCCAUCCUAGCUUGCACAUCAGUCGGGGACGUGAUUUGUGAAGGAGAAGGGGCAGGCAAAGUGGAGGAGGAUACCUGUCUCUGGUGGAUCAAGCAAUCAGGGACAUUUUCACCCGAGACUCCCUCCCUUGCCAUAGCGUUUACCCAGCUUUUUAAAAAUUCAUGACAUUCAUAUGUUUAUGUUUUGGUUAUGUUUUAGGAGUUUUGUUGAGUGAUGCUAAGGCUAAGUUCAAACAUCGUAUUAUCCAUUAGCCGUAUUCGAUGCAAAUGCAUGCAAACGAAUCAAGUGGAUUGUUUCAUCUUCAUUUGCAUGCAUUUGCAUUGAAUACGGCUCAUGGAUUAUAUGACGUUUAAACUUAGCCUAAGCUAUUUUUGUCUUAAAUGCUGGACUAUAAGCUAUUAAAACUACAAUAUCUAAAUUUAUAAUAAACGUGGCCUACGCUUAUUGCAAAUAUGUUCCAAAUAUAAUUGGCAAUAACAAAAUAAGUCGCUAUUUUCUUUGUCCCAGCACGAUUCCUCUUCUUAAUGCAAUGUAGUAAAAUAGUGACAGUGCCCAUCCAUCAAUUGUUAGUAAGAAUUAAAAAUAAAAUGAUUCUUUUUGAAGACCCGGAA